CUUCUAUCACUCAGGUCUUCCGUUCGCGAACGUCGUGCUCUCGCCUGUCGUCUUCAUCGUGGCGAUUCCUUGUCACCUCGGUUUCGUUGAUUGAUUCCUGUCUGCAGAACGACGACGUCGCGCCUCGAAUACGAAUCACGGCGCGUUCCUCCACAAUAAGCGCCGCUUAUUCCGACUCGGCGCCUAACGCUUUCGAGGCGACUUCAUCUCUUCUAGCACACUUCUAGUCCUCGGAUCCACGACACAACUAUCCUCAACACAAUACUUCUACCUCUCUACGACAACUACCUCUCACCACAACACAACUACCUCUCACCUUGGCACCUCUACCUCACACCACUCCUCUCACUCGCCACAAUGCCGUACUGCAAGACCUGCGACCGCAAGUUCAAGGACGUUGCGUCCAUCCAGCAGCACCUGCGCACCUCCGCGGCGGAGCAUCCGAUCUGCAAGCACUGCGACAAGAAGUUCACGGACGAGACUGCGUACGAGCAGCACAUGGACUCCAAGCAUCCCAAGCGAUACCCGUGCCCUACGCACCCCGAAUCGAUCUUCAAGACCCCUGAGGCAUUGGAGGACCACUAUAGAGGCCAUCAGGCUCAUCCGAACUGCUAUCGCUGCGGCAAGGGGUAUCUGAACGAGGAGCUGAUGCUGGCGCACCACGACUCCGCCCACCCGAGCGAGCUCUGCGAGAUGUGCGGCCGACACCGCUUAAUCUACCACGACCAGCGGCAGAAGCACUGGGUGCAGAGUCGCUGGCAUCCGACGUGCGAGCGGUGUGGGGAGGGCUUCUACGACCUCGCUUCGAUGAGAGCGCACAUCAGAGAAGGCUGCGGCAGGGAGAUCUGUCAAGCUUGUGGUGGUACUUUUUAUUGCGAAUACGUGAUGGGGGAGGAGAAGUUGUGCGCGGAUUGCGACCCAGACCUACCCGGGGACUUGAAGGUGGAGAACUGCUACCGUGAUGGCACCGCUACGGAGGACGCGGACGCAGAGGAGCUGGUCAUAGGUACUGCCAAGGAGGAAUCCAACGAAGCAGGAAAUGGCGAACCGUCUUCCUCAAAUGCGGUGCCGAAGCUGGUUAUACAGACCGAAUCCGAAAGCGACGGCGAAGAGAAGUGGCACACGGCACCCACGAACACGCCCUCAUGGCCCGCGACACCGUUCUCUGCGCGCUCGGAUGGCAAGCCUGCCCCGCUGCCGCCGCCUUCGGCGGACAUCAGCAACAUGUGGGCGGCGGGAGAGAACAAGUCUGCUGGUCCCCUGCCCUCGUUGCAGCUGAUCACCAAGAAGGACUCGCUCGCGUCGAGACAUAACCUGCCGACGCUGGAGACGCAAGGCCUGGGGGGCGCCACGAGGUCGACGACGGUUGUUGACCAUUCGAAGAAGCCUGGUGACCCCAAACCCGACGACCCCUCGCCCAACGUCGAGUCCCCUUCCGGGCUGUCAGCACUUCCAGGCGUGAGCCCGUACCCGGCGACGCCGAGCGAGAUGAGCUACAACGGACUGGACUCGCGCGAGCCGAGGGUACGGUCGAUUAGCGCGCUGUAUGCUGGGCCGUCUGCGGAGGGUCUGUACACGAGGGGCCUCACUCGUCCACCCUCGGGAAGCCUAGCUGCCCAACCAUCCGGCAGCCUGAUCGCUCCGCCUCAGGGAGCCCUGACGUCCACUCCAUCGGGACCGUCAACUCGCCCACCUUCUGGCGGAUUUAGCUCAUCAUCCUCGGGCAGCCUGACUCGUGUAUCUUCGGCGGGUCUGUCUCGUCCAUCCUCGGGCGGUCUGUCUGUGCCCCCCUCGGGUGGUCUGUCUCGCCCGCCCUCAGGUGGUCUGUCUGUGCCGCCCUCGGGUGGUCUGUCUGUGCCAGCUUCGCUUUCUCGCCCAUCCUCCGGAGGUCUCUCUCAUCCACCUUCAGGAGGUCUCUCUCGUCCACCUUCUGGCGGUCCCUCCCGUCCGCCGAGCCUGCGCAACAAUACCUUCACACCCUGGCCCAUGGACCGGCGCUCGUCGUCGAAUGGACGGGCGAAGGAUCUGCACAUCAUGACGCCCAUCGAGGCGGAGCCGUCGUCGUUCGAUGCAGAGUUUUCGCCGGAGGAUUUGAAGCAGCCGACGGUGGAGGCGAAGGGGCCUUUGUUCGAUGCAAAGGGGCCUUUGUUCGACGCGAAUGGCUCUCAAUUCGGCGCUCAUAAGUUGUCUUCGCACGGGCGGCAGUCGUCGUCGCACGGCCAGACAACGUGGCCAAGUGCGCAGACCUCGUCACUGCAUACGACGCCCUCUCUUCCUGGAUCAGCGCGUGCUCCUUUGGCUUUCGGGUCGCCACCUUCGGCGGAGCCCGUGCCGGCCACUAUCUCUCGUCAGGUCUCGCAGGACCUGCCAGAGGGCAUGCGCGUGUCGUUCUACGACAACAUCUUGGCCGCCCCAUUGCCGACGCACGGGGAGGGCGCCGACGAGGACGACGUGUCGCCAGUCAGCAGUCCGGGGACGAAUAUAUCUUUGGGAUCUCUCGCGUCGACGAGCUCGGAGGCGACGAAAGCAGAGGUGGAAGUCGAGUUGAGUUCAAAGCUUGGCAUCUCCUCCAAAUUGGACGUCUCCUCGACCGUCCAGAUGUGCUCCGGAGUAGAGCUACGGUCCGAGACAACCACGCCCAUGGUGAUGGCGCGUCCUGCGAGGGUGGCGAGCCCAGGGAGGGGUGCGAGUCCAUUGUCGAGGGCCAGUCCGGCGAAGGAGUUCGAGAACGCCCCGAAGGACAUUGACAGCCCUUCGGCUAUCGGAAAGCCUCAUACGCUGCGGCGCAUGUCGCAUCUCCCGCGGUUGGCCGAGCACGUCAAGACCCCGAUGCGGCCGGUGCCGUCGCCUCCGCCGCCGUUCUCAGAGGUCCUGAAGUGCAGGCUCUGCGCGCGCAACCCGUGCGAGGAGCCGACGGUCACCAUGUGUGGCCACAUCUUCUGCAAUAAGUGUAUCGUCGAUGCUAUCAUCAGCAGCAGCUCCUGCCCGCUCUGCUCUGCUCCCCAACUGCUUUACUGUAUCUUCAAGCUGCGCUUGGACUAAAUUGCUAUCGUGUUUGUCUUGCUGUUACCCCUUGCUUGGAUAUAUGAACUUGUACUACUAUCUUGACUUUGUUUUGUUCUGUCUUGUAAAGCACGCGCUUGUGCAUGAAUCCUUUGUUGUAGCAUAUUGUAUUUCGGGGUAUCUCUUGUCGUUUUGCUAUCACUUGAAUAGAUCUUGCUUGGAUGCCUCGA